AUGGGGGCGGCGCAGGGAGGCGCCGAAGCAAGGGCGCAGCAAACCGGGGGCGCCGCCGGCCCGGCAGCACGCCGCACGCCGCCACCAGACCCUCUCCCGGUUGCCCCCUCUUCCUUCCUAGUCCUGGUUGACGAGUUCCGCUCCAAAUCCAAGAUGCCUCUUGGGAGGAAGGCGCAGACUGCCAGGACACAGACGCCCAUAGAAGCAAUGGCACUUGAAUGUGAAAGUGAGAGGGCUCAAAAUAUUAUGAGGAACAAUCAAGUCUUCGAAAGCCUUGGUAUCGGUGCUUAUGGUGCAACAGGUAAGGGUACAAGUGCAAGGGACAAGGAUGAUGUUCCUGAAAAAUCAGGAUCUCUGUACAAUCCUGAGGACAAUGAGGGCUCUAACCAAGUUGACAAAGAUGAAGUUAGCAAGGCUUCUAAGGUGGGGAUGGGGAUGUGCGUAACAAGAAUGUCCAACAUAUUGGCACUUUCAUUAGUGGAGAUAUGCAAGAAAAAUAUAAAGACACAGCCCAUUGCAAUUGAUUUGUUCAAGGAGAUGCAUUGCAGCAAGAAGAGUGGUUUUUGUGAGCCUGUCCAAAAUGCAACUGCUGCUAUCGAAGCAAUUGAGGCUGAACCAAUGCAAGAAGGCCAGCAGCUGAUGUCUUCUAUUGAAAUUGUUGCGAAGGUGGUGCCGCAGUCAAGCACAUUUCUUCAAAAUGUGGGGCUGUCAACCUCCAAGCCAAGUAGUAGAAGUGCAGUUAGUUCACAGGUGUGGGAGCUAUAG